AUGGCGGAAUCGAGCAAGGCGAUCAACCCCAUGAGGGAAUUGAAAGUUGACAAGCUCGUCAUCAACAUCUCGGUGGGUGAGUCGGGUGACCGUCUCACGCGUGCCACCAAGGUGCUGGAACAGCUGACGGGUCAGACGCCCGUGACGAGCAAGGCUCGCUACACGCUCCGUGGUUUCGGUAUCCGCCGUAACGAAAAGAUUGCUUGCCACGUUACAGUCCGUGGUGCGAAGGCUGAGGAAAUUCUUGAGCGUGGUCUCAAGGUGAAGGAGUACGAGCUUCAAAAGCGCAACUUUUCGGAGACGGGCAACUUUGGUUUCGGUAUCACCGAACACAUUGACAUGGGUAUCAAGUACGACCCUGGUAUUGGUAUCUUUGGUAUGGACUUUUACGUCUGCAUGACCCGCCCUGGUGCUCGUGUGGCCCGUCGCAAGCAGCGUGUUGCCCGCGUCGGUGCGUCCCACCGUGUCCGCAGGGACGAGACCGCCGCCUGGUUCAAGCAGCGCUUUGACGGUAUCAUCCUCCAGUAA